AUGGCACAUGGACAUCUUGCACGCAUAUCCAUCAUGCUGUGGAUCGUGUUUUCCACUGCUGCUGCUGCUCUAGACGCAAGCCGGAGCAACGGCAGCAACUCCGACCUCGCUGCUCUGCUGGCUUUCAAGGGGCAGGUCGCCGAUCCUCUCGGCAUCCUCGCAAGAAACUGGACCGCUGCCACCUCCUUCUGCGUCUGGGUGGGCAUCACAUGCAGCCACCGUCGUCGGCAGCGCGUCACCGCCCUGGAGCUGCCGGGUGUAUCCCUCCAAGGAGUGAUCAGCCCUCACCUCGGUAACCUCUCUUUCCUCUCUGUCCUCAACCUCUCCAGCACCAACCUCACGGGCACAGUCCCGGAUGGUAUAGGAAGGCUGCGCCGCCUCAAGCUCCUUGACAUUGCCCACAAUGCCCUGUCAGGUGGCAUCCAUGCCACCAUAGGGAACCUCACAAGGCUUCAGAUUCUUGAUCUCAGCUUUAACCAGCUUUCUGGUCCCAUCCCAACAGAGCUACAAGGCUUGCGCAACCUUGGCCGCGUGAGUCUCCAAAUGAAUUACCUCAGUGGUUUCAUACCGAAUGACCAGUUCAACAAUACACCCUUGUUAACUUAUUUGAACCUCGGCAAUAACAGCCUGUCAGGAGUGAUACCAGAUUGCAUCGGCUCCUUGCUCACACUUGAGAUCCUUGUCCUGCAAUUCAACAAUCUUACGGGGCCGGUGCCGCCAGCCAUCUUCAACAUGUCUACCUUGAACGUUAUCGCUGUAUCCUCGAACCACUUGACUGGCCCUUUCCCGGAGAAUGGAAGUUUCAGCCUCCCAGCUUUGCAAUACAUUCAGCUCUCUGAUAAUAGUUUCAGUGGUACCAUUCCACAGGGGCUCUUGGCGUGUCGGCACCUCAUAGAGCUUUCUCUAGCAAAAAAUUCAUUUGAGGGUGUUGUGCCGGUAUGGCUAGGAAAGCUGACCAAUCUCCAGUUCAUUAACGUGGGCUGGAAUGACCUCACUGGUCCGAUCCCUGCUCAACUCAGCAACCUCACCGGGCUAACUGUCAUGGAAAUCGCCUUUUGCAAUCUGACAGGAAUCCUUCCGGCAGAGCUUGGACGGCUAGGCCAACUUUCCGAACUGUAUCUCUCGAGCAAUCAGCUAACAGGAACUGUUCCUGCUUUUCUUGGAAACCUUUCUCAGUUAGUAUGGCUGUUUUUGGAUGGAAACCAGUUGUCUGGAUCGGUACCGUUAACAAUUGGUAACCUGAACUUGUUGACGACACUUAAUAUUGGGGGAAACAGUCUCCAGGGUGAUCUUAGUUUUCUUUCUGUUAUUUCCAACUGUAGAAUGCUCUCAGACUUUGAAAUCUAUUCGAAUUAUUUCACUGGAAGCAUCCCAGUUUAUUUGGGCAACCUGUCAAGUCAGCUCCAAAUAUUUCUUGCUAAUGACAACAAGUUAACUGGUGAAAUUCCAGCUGCCAUCUCGAACUUAACUGCUCUCACUGUGCUAGAUAUUUCGUCAAACCAAUUUCAUAGUGCAAUUCCAGGACAACUGAUGAUGCUAGAGAAUCUCUACUGGCUCAAACUCAGUAGAAACAGCUUGUCUGGCUCCAUCCCUUCAAACAUUGCAAUGCUAAAGAAUGUGGUCAAGUUAUUCCUUCCAAGCAACCAAUUCUCCGGCGCCAUACCCAAGGGCAUCGGCAACCUCAGCAAACUAGAGUUCCUAGUGUUAUCAAACAACCAAUUAACAUCGACUGUACCACCGAGCCUGUUUCACCUUGAUAGCCUCAUCAGGCUAGACCUAUCUCAAAACAUGUUGAGUGGUGUGUUACCGGUUGAUACAGGCUAUAUGAAGCAAAUUUAUAUGAUGGAUCUAUCUAUCAAUAACUUUGUUGGUAGCCUCCCAGAUUCAAUGGGACAGCUCCAGAUGAUGGCCUACUUGAACCUGUCACACAAUUCAUUCAACGAUUCAAUUCCACAAUCUUUUCAGAAACUGGCCAGCCUGCAAAAUUUGGACCUAUCCCAUAAUGGUAUAUCUGGAACCAUCCCAGAGUACUUGUCAAAUUUUACCAUCCUCAUUAUCUUGAACCUAUCUUACAAUAAAUUACACGGUCAGAUACCAGAAGGUGGCGUGUUCUCAAACAUCACGCUGCAAUCACUUAUGGGGAACGCAGGGCUCUGUGGUGCUUCACGCUUGGGAUUGCCACCAUGUUCAGCCAAGUCUCACACAACCAGUGGUCAUGGUCACAAGAUGAGAUUUUUGCUCCCCACUAUAAUCAUAAUAAUACUUGCAGCUCUGGCUUGCUUCCUAUACAUUAUGUUCAGAAAGAAAGUCAAUAAGCGUGAAGAGAUUUCUGCUUGUAUGGUCGACAUGAUCAGCCAUCAGUUAGUCUCCUACCAUGAGCUUGUUCGUGCUACUGACAAUUUCAGUGAUGAUAACAUGCUGGGGUCUGGAAGCUUUGGGAAAGUUUUUAAGGGACAGCUGAGCAACGGUGUGGUGGUUGCAAUAAAAGUUAUACACGCGCAUCUGGAUUAUGCCAUGAGAAGCUUUGACGCCGAGUGCAGUGUGCUCCGAAUGGCACGACAUCGCAAUCUGAUAAAGGUUCUGAAUACAUGUUCCAACCUGGACUUCAGAGCACUUGUUCUUCAGUUCAUGCCCAACGGUAGCUUAGAGGCACUCCUGCACUCUGAAGGUAGAAGGCACCUGGGGCUCCUUGAGAGGCUGGACAUCAUGCUGGGCGUGGCGGCAGCAAUGGAGUAUCUGCACCAUGAGCACUCCGAGGUGGUCUUGCACUGUGACCUGAAGCCUUGCAACGUCCUCUUUGACGAGGGCAUGACCGCACAUGUGGCAGACUUUGGCAUUUCAAGGUUGCUGCUAGGCGAUGAUAGCUCCAUGAUCUCUGCGAGCAUGCCAGGGACAAUUGGUUACAUGGCACCAGAGUAUGGAUCUCUUGGAAAAGCAUCGCGGAAGAGCGACGUGUUCAGCUAUGGGAUCAUGCUGCUUGAAGUGUUCACUGGGAAGAGACCCACGGAUGCCAUGUUUCUGGGAGAACUAAGCAUCAGGCAGUGGGUACAUCAGGCGUUUCCUGCAGAGCUUGUCAAUGUUGUCGACAACCAGCUUCUGCUGGAUGGCUGUGGCUCUGCUUCUACAAAUAUUAUGAGUGGUUUUCUUGUGCCAAUUUUCAAGCUGAGCUUGGUCUGCUCCACUGACUCGCCGGAGCAAAGGAUGGCUAUGACCGAAGUGGCAGUGACGCUGAAAAAGAUCAGAAAUGAUUAUGUCAAGUCAACAGCACCGGAGCAUUGCGUUGCAAUCGAUCACCAUUAG